AUGGGGGCGCUGUACCCGCAGCACGUGGCGGCCUCGCACCUCAACUUCGUGCGUGUGACGCAGCCGCCGCGGCUCGCCGAGGCGCCGGGCCAGUACCUGCGGCACGCGGUGCUGCCGUACACGGCGCAGGAGCGCGAGGGCCUCGCGCGGACGGCCUGGUUCCGCGAGAAGGGGUUCGGCUACAACCUCGAGCAGUCGACGCGCCCGCACACGCUGGGGUUCGCCCUCGCCGACUCCCCCGUGGCGCUGCUGGCGUGGAUCUACGAGAAGCUCCACGACUGGACCGACGGCUACCCCUGGGGCGACGACGAGGUCCUCACCUGGGUCAGCAUCUACGCCUUCAGCACGGCGGGGCCCGACGCCAGCGUGCGCAUCUACUACGAGGCCCGCGCGCAGCAGGCCAUCUCCCCCGGGUACGCGUACCUCGCCGCCGUGCCCCUGGGGCUGAGCUACUUCCCGCGCGACCUCAUCGUCCCGCCCAGCACGUGGGGGCGGACGCUGGGCCCCGUCGUGUUUGAGAGGCGGCACGCCGACGGCGGGCACUUUGCCGCGCACGAGCGGCCUGAGCAGCUGGCCGGGGACCUGAGGGAGAUGUUUGGGCCCGGAGGGGGCGCCGAGGCCGCGGUGAGGAGCUUGAGGGGGGUGAAGGGGCAGUCUAGGAUUUGA